AUGCAUUUCUCAAUCCACGCCAUCCUCGUCGGCCUCCUUGGCUUUGCAAGCGUCUCCACAGCACUGCCAGUUACCAACUUAUCUGGCCCAGCCCUGCUUGAACUUAUCAACGGCACAGAACCGGUCUUGUCAAACAACACAGAAGCCUUCCUAUGGCUCGUGGAGCCACCCGAGGAUCACCCCUGGCUCGUGGAGCCACCCGAGGAUCAUCCCUCGCUCGUGGCGCGAGGUCUGCCGCCCCGUAACAGGAAGUUUGCGGACCACAUGGAGAACUACGGCGAGACCCUCCCUGAGUGCUACAAGAAAUGCUUGCGCUCGGAGGAUGGCAAAUCGUCGAUACAUAUGGGCCAGGAUACGCUCGGGCAGAUUUGCGGGAAGAAAUGGAUCUUGUUCAAGUGGUGGAGCGAACAUCACAUUUAUUAUUGCGUCAAUGGGAAGGGCGGGUGCACGAAUAAGGGCCAACACCAGAAGGCUUACGAGUGGUUGCAGUGGACGUGUGAUUACAAGCUACCAUGA